AACUGUACUUUUCAUCUGUAAAUGCUUGGAAAUUGAGGCCGAUAAACCCAGUUGACAUCCCUCUCUCCAAUUAGCCUAUAGUUUCUCCUUAAAUAAGGCCAAGAUUACAUUACAGCAGCAACUCAAUAAUCUAGAGGCAAUCUUGUUAAUUAUUCAUGGCAACUCCCAUUAUUUCUAGCUCCUCCUUCCUUAGGUUUUUCAUGGGUUUCUUCUCUGUAUUUCUAUGCCUAAUUCUCUGCUCUUUCGACAACGGAUUUGCUUUGGCAGCAAGAGAUACAAAACCCCACCCUCUCCCACAUACCACUCACACAGUUGAAGUAAAGUCUCUUCUACCACCAACUACCUGCAGCCCCUCCACCAAAGGUCAUAAAAAUAACAAGGCAUCAUCGGUAUUGAAAGUGGUGCACAAACAUGGGCCAUGCUCCAAAUUCCACAAAUCAUCAAAAACUUCAACCACAACUUGUGAUGAAAAAUACCAUACUCAAAUCCUCAAGCAAGACCAAGCCCGAGUCAACUCAAUUCACUCCCGCCUCAACCACAACAACAACAGAGACCCACUCACCCAAUCCGCCGCCACCACCCUCCCCGCCAAGUCUGGUGACAUUAUCAGCUCAGGGAACUACAUUGUCACUGUCAGCCUUGGUACACCCGCCAAGCAACUCUCCCUCAUCUUUGACACUGGCAGCGACCUCACCUGGACCCAAUGUCGCCCAUGUGUUCGAUCUUGUUACACACAGAGCGAGCCCAUCUUCGACCCUUCUCUCUCCACCUCAUACAAAACCAUCUCAUGUACCACCGCCGCAUGUACUCAGCUCUUAUCUCUUGGCGUCGAACAAAGCUGCUUCGACUCCACCUGCCUCUACGCCGCCGAGUACGGUGACAUGUCCUUCUCUAUCGGGGUCUUUGGCAGCGAAAAGCUUACAUUGACCCCCACGGACGUUUUUGAAGGUUUCCUCUUCGGCUGCGGCCUAGACAACGAAGGCCUUUUCAACGGAUCCGCUGGUUUGCUCGGUCUCGGCCGAAGCAACAUCUCCAUUGUCGAACAAACCGCCAAUAAAUACAACAGGUUCUUCUCCUACUGCCUCCCCUCCACCUCGUGCUCCCCCGGCUACCUCAGAUUCGGCAAAGGCGGCAGAUCUUCCAACGCCGUCAAGUUCACGACCCUCUCCACCGUCUCCCAAGGCAACCCGUAUUACGGCCUCAACGUCACCGGGAUCAAUGUCGGCGGGACUAAAUUGCCGAUUUUGGCUUCGGUCUUUUCUAGGGGGACGAUAAUAGAUUCCGGAACGGUGAUCACGCGGCUGCCGCCGGCGGCGUACAGUGCGUUGAGGGCGGCGUUUCUUCAAGCAAUGAUGAGCUAUCCGUUGACUGAGUCCGCGUUCGACAUACUCGACACUUGCUACAACUUCAGCAGCUUCAAAACGGUGUCGUAUCCGAGUAUUUCGUUUGUGUUUGGUGACGGGCUUACGCAAGACUUGGACGCGACUGGGAUAUUCUACGCGGUGAGCGUGGAUAUGGUUUGCUUGGCGUUCGCCGAAAACGAGGAUGACAGUCAGAGUGGGAUUAUUGGGAAUGUUCAACAGAAGAGGUUGGAGGUUGUGUAUGACGUCGCUGGAGGAAGAGUCGGAUUUGCCCCUGCAGGUUGCCCUUGAGUAAUGAAGAUCGUCCAUGGGGUAUAAUUGUAUUACAAACAGCUUGCUAGUUGUAGAAUAAAGCAUUGGGUUACAUAUUUGUGUGUAAUGGGACUGGAUUGAGAAAGUACCCCAAUUCUUAUGUAUUUCUGUUGUAUGUGUUUGUCUCCUGGUUUUCUUUUUUUAAUAAAACAUUUUUGUUUUUA